AUGAGCCACCAAGAAAAGCCAGAAGCUCUGCACCAUGAGAUGGUUUCAGACAACGAACUGGAGAAAGAAUUAGGGGUGGAGGCCGAGAACCUCAUUUUGAACGCAAGAAAUGCUACUAAAGACGAGCAUGAACUUACUGCCAGCAGGGCCCUUAGGGACUAUUUUCCUGCCGUUUGCUGGUCGUUGAUCAUGUCUUCAACAAUUAUUAUGGAGGGUUACGAUACCUCUUUAAUGGGAAAUUUCUUUGCAUUCACUAGUUUCCAAAAAAAGUACGGAGUGGAGAUUGCUCCCGGCUCGUACCUGCUCACUGGACAAUGGCAAAGUGCCUUGGGGUGUGCAAGUAGUAUCGGAAUUAUCAUAGCUUUGGCUGUCAAUGGGAUUUUGGUAGAACGCUUUGGCCAUAGGAAAAUCGUUUUGGUCAACUUGGUUGUCAUGGCUGGGUUCUUGUUUAUCACGGUGUUUGCUAAAAACGUGGAAAUGCUUCUUGUGGGUCAGAUUCUCUGUGGAUUUCCCUGGGGUUUUUUCUCAGUAGUAGGACUUAUUUACGCUUCAGAAGUAUCUCCCUUACCGCUUCGGGGGUUUUUAUCGGCCUAUGUGAUGAUGUGUUGGGCCACCGGCCAGUUGGUGGCCUGUGGAGUGUUACGGGCCAUGUUGAGCAACACCAGCCACUGGUCUUAUAGAAUACCUUUUGCCGUACAAUGGGCAUGGAUCCCUCCACUUUUCAUUGCUACUUGGUUUUGUCCCGACUCUCCAUACUGGUUGGUUCGUCGUGGAGAGCUCGAAAAGGCAGAGGAGAUGGUAAAGAGAUUGAGUCACAAGUCUAUCCAUCAUCUUGCUAAGCAAAGGGUCAAUUUGAUGAUCUACACCAACGAGUUGGAAAAAGACCAACAAGACCGGUUGGACGACCGGUAUAAGGGCUGGAAAGCAUAUAGGGAAUGUUUCCGGGGCACCAACUUGAGAAGAACUGAAAUCGCUUGUAUGGCGAUGGCUGGCCAGGUAUUUGCUGGGAAUAACUUUGCGUACCUCCCAUCGUAUUUUUUCUCACAGGUGGGAUUAGAUAGUGUUAUGACGUACAACAUGAACCUUGCCAUUACGGCAGUGGCAUGGGUAGGUACGUUCAUGUCGUGGUUUUUGGCCAACAAGGUGGGCCGGAGAAAGAUCUUUCUUGCUGGAUUGACGUUCAUGACAGCUUUCUUAUUGGUGAUUGGCAUCCUCCAGACCCCAGCCAGCAAUACAGGUGAUUUAAAGUAUUCCUGGGGCCAAGUUGGUUGUACUUUCGGAUGGUGUGUUGCGUUUGUGCUUUCUUUGGCACCUCUAGGAUAUACCGUUAUGUCGGAGGUUUCAAGUACGAGGUUGAGAGCUGUUAGUAUUGCAAUUGGAAGAAAUGCCUACAAUUUGGUGCAAUUGGUGGCUCAAGUGGUUGAGCCCAAGUUCAUUAAUCCCACGGAGUUGGACAUGAAGGGAAGAACAAGCUACAUUUGGUUUUGCACCAGUUUCUUGCUUUUAAUCUGGACUUACUUUAGGCUUCCAGAAACGAAGGAUAGGACCUACGAGGAGUUGGAUAUUCUUUUUGAAAAGGGAAUAUCUGCCAGAAAGUUUUCAUCGUACCAGAUGGACCUUGAUGCAGAGGAAAUUGACAGGGUGUCUGUCAAGGCAGCUGCUUACGAGUAAUGUCUAUUGUUUAGUGAAUAGGAAAAUGUAUGACUGCGACAACGAUAUUAUAAAAUGUUGGUCCAUUGAACCCAACCCAAUUAUUUUUGCCAGCUUAAGCAAUCGAGUUUGGAUCUACAAUUCGUUGAACUCUGUUUGUACUGCACUAGCAUUGGCUGUGCAGACUAUCGGAGAUAUUCUCGCAACGCAUGGAUCUCCACCCCCACCAACCC